AUGCGGUGGUGCCGGGACGCUGCCGCUCCAACACCGCUCCCGGCUCUGCCCACACUAGGCUCUCCCCUGAGCCACAGUGCCUCCUGUUCCCUGAGAGCCGCCGCCAGUACCAGAUCCACCCCUUCCCACCCUCAGCAUCCAGGGCAGAGAGCCAGGCUCGCUGAUCUGAUCCCUAGAGAAACCAAGUUGGCCUCUGAGCCCCAAGAUGGGCACGUCACCACACCUAACCACUGCUGCCUUCCCACCGACGCCUCAGCCACCCUCCACGCUUCCGGAGGCCAGGCAGCGGGCCGCACCCCCGACCCGGGUCCUAGCACCCGACACACACCCUGCAGAGCAUCGCUGCUAGCUGAAAAGGCUCAGGUCAAAAGCUGGAGAAGGACGCGAUAUCACGGUGUGAGGAAUGCUUCAGUGGUGACCGAGUUUAUUCUGCUGGGCAUCCCACACACAGAGCACCUGGAGACCGUGCUCUUUGUCCUGUUCUUGUCCUUCUGCCUCUUUACCCUGAUGGAGAACCUGCUCACCCUACUGGCAGUUGUCUCCUCCAUUCGACUUCACGCUCCCCUGUACUUCUUCCUGUGUAAACUAUCAGUGUGUGACAUAUUUUUUCCUUCUGGUAGUUCCCCCAAGAUGCUCUACUACCUCUCAGGGAACAGCUGAGCCAUCUCCUAUGCAGGCUGCAUGUCCCAGCUCUCCUGCUACCAUUUCCUGGGAUGUACUGAGUGUUUCCCGUACACAGUAAUGGCUUAUGACCGCUUUGUUGCCAUAUGUUACCAUCUGCGCUACACAAUAAUCAUGAGUCACAGAGUGUAUGCCAUCCUGGCCAUGGAGACCUCAUUUUUUGGUUGUAUUCAGGCCACCUUUCUAACUACUCUCACAUUCCAGUUGUCCUUCUGUGGCCCCAAUGAGGUGGACUGUUUCUUCUGUGAAAUCCCAGUGAUGCUGAAGCUGGCUUGUGCAGACACCUCAGCUCUGGACAUGGCGGGGUUCAUCAAUGUGGGCCUCAUGCCCCUCAGCUGCUUCCUUCUCAUCCUCACCUCCUACAGUCGCAUUGUCUACUCUGUCCUGCAGAUCCGCUCUACAGAGGGCCAACGGCACGCCUUCUCCACCUGCAGUGCCCACUGCACUGCCAUCCUGCUUUUCUACAUGCCAGUGGUCCUCAUCUAUCUCAGGCCAACCCCAAGCCCCUGGAUGGAUGCGCCUGUUCAGAUCCUCAAUAACCCGGUCACCCCCAUGCUCAGCCACUUGAUCUACAGCCUCAGGGAUAAGGAGGUGAAAUCAUCUCAGAGGAGGGUCCUGCAUCAACUGGGCUUCCUUCCUGAGCAUUAUAGAGAGAGAUCAGUUGCUAACACUUCAACUGCACUUCAUAGUUUAUGA